UGCCUGGGUCCCCAGUUCCUACCAGUAAGUCCCUAGGCCUCUGUCUCUCUCUCUUGCUCUACUAGCCUCGCCACCAUUCAUGCUGCCCCAAGAGCCUUUAACAACUCCAGAAGAGAUUCCAGACAGGAGAAGCUGAAAGGAUUUCCUUUCACCCCUACUUUUUUCCGGGGCCUUCUACACCACCUGCCAAGGCCAGCAGAACUGCCCUUGUAAGUGGAGGUCCAGGCACCGGAAGUACUACUACCAAGCCACCUUUGUGGCCAUCCUUAAGGAAAAAAGAAAGAUGGCCAAGGAGAGGGGCCUAAUAAGCCCCAAUGAUUUUGCCCAGCUGCAGAAAUACAUGGAAUACUCCACCCAAAAGGUCAGUGAUGUCCUAAAGCUCUUCGAGGAUGGUGAAAUGGCUGAAUAUGUCCAAGGAGAUGCCAUUGGGUACGAGGGAUUCCAGCAAUUCCUGAAAAUCUAUCUAGAAGCAGAUAAUGUUCCCAGUCACCUAAGCCUGGCACUGUUUCAGUCCUUCCAGACUGACUACUACUUAGAAGAGACCGUGAAAAAAGAUCUGGUAUGUCUCAGUGAUGUCUCCUGCUACUUUUCCCUUCUGGAGGGUGGCCGGCCAGAAGACAAGCUAGAAUUCACCUUCAAGCUGUACGACACGGACAGAAAUGGGAUCCUGGACAGCUCAGUGAGUUGGGGGACCUGUAUGCUGGGCAAGGGAGUCUGUGUCCAUUUGUCUGUGCCCUCCUGUCCCAACUCUCCAGGAUCUUAAAAAGCAGAGGAAGCUAGAGGGAGAAAUUGAGUCCUCUAGGACUAAAUUUGGGAGUAGGUUCUAAGUUCUUGACCCGUAAAAGAGGAGGCUGGAGACAUGCAUUGGGGGCUGCCUUGCAAACAUAUGAACACACAUAGACACUUGUUUACUUGGCAGAGGCACCUGAGAAUGAGAGGAAGUGGACAAAAUCAUCAUACAGAUGAUGCGAGUGGCUGAAUACCUGGAUUGGGAUGUGUCUGAGCUGAGGCCGAUUCUUCAGGAGAUGAUGAAAGAGAUUGACUAUGAUGGCAGCGGCUCUGUCUCCCUAGCUGAGUGGCUCCGGGCUGGGGCCACCACUGUGCCACUGCUAGUGCUGCUGGGUCUGGAGAUGACCCUGAAGGACAAUGGGCAGCACAUGUGGAGACCCAAGAGGUUCCCCCGACCAGUCUACUGCAACCUGUGCGAGUCGAGCAUUGGUCUUGGCAAACAGGGGCUGAGCUGUAACCUCUGUAAGUACAUCGUUCACGACCAUUGUGCCAUGAAGGCCCUGCCUUGUGAAGUCAGCACCUAUGCCAAGUCUCGGAAGGACAUUGGUGUCCAAUCACAUGUGUGGGUUCGAGGAGGCUGUGAGUCCGGGCGAUGCGACCGCUGUCAGAAAAAGAUCCGGAUCUACCACAGCCUAGUCGGGCUGCAUUGUGUGUGGUGCCACCUAGAGAUCCAUGAUGACUGCCUGCAAGCCGUGGGCCCUGAGUGUGACUGUGGGCUGCUCCGUGAUCACAUCCUGCCUCCAUCUUCCAUCUACCCCAGCGUCCUGGCCUCUGGACAAGAGCGUAAAACUAGCAAAACAAGCCAGAAGACUGUGGAUGAUUUAAGUUUGAGCACCUUUGAGGCUCUGCGGAUUGACCCUGUUUCUAACACCCACCCGCUUCUCGUCUUCGUCAACCCUAAGAGUGGCGGGAAGCAGGGGGAGAGGGUGCUUUGGAAAUUCCAAUAUCUGCUAAACCCUCGACAGGUGUUCAACCUCCUAAAGGAUGGUCCUGAGCCAGGGCUCAGAUUCUUCAGAGAGGUUCCUGAUUGCCGGGUUUUGGUGUGUGGCGGAGAUGGCACAGUAGGCUGGAUUCUAGAGACCAUUGACAAAGCCAACUUGCCUGUUGUGCCUCCUGUCGCUGUGUUGCCCCUGGGCACUGGAAAUGAUCUGGCUCGUUGCCUAAGAUGGGGAGGAGGGUAUGAGGGACAGAAUUUGGGGAAGAUCCUCAAGGAUUUAGAGAUGAGUAAGGUGGUACAUAUGGAUCGAUGGUCUGUGGAAGUGAUACCCCAACAAACUGAAGAAAAGAGUGACCCAGUCCCCUUUCAAAUCAUCAACAACUACUUCUCCAUCGGUGUGGAUGCCUCUAUUGCUCACCGAUUCCAUGUCAUGCGAGAGAAAUAUCCUGAGAAGUUCAACAGCAGAAUGAAGAACAAGCUAUGGUACUUUGAAUUCGCCACUUCUGAAUCCAUCUUCUCAACGUGCAAAAAGCUGGAGGAGUCUUUGACAGUUGAGAUCUGUGGGAAACCGCUGGAUUUGAGCAACCUGUCCCUAGAAGGCAUCGCAGUGCUGAACAUCCCUAGCACGCAUGGCGGCUCCAACCUCUGGGGGGAUACCAAGAGACCUCACGGGGAUAUCCAUGGGAUCAACCAGGCCUUAGGCGCUGCAGCUAAAGUCAUCACCGACCCUGAUAUCCUGAAAACCUGUGUACCAGACCUAAGUGACAAGCGGCUGGAAGUAGUAGGGCUGGAGGGUGCCAUUGAGAUGGGCCAGAUCUAUACAAAGCUCAAGAAUGCUGGACAUCGGCUGGCCAAGUGCUCUGAGAUCACCUUCCACACCACCAAAACCCUCCCCAUGCAAAUUGAUGGAGAACCCUGGAUGCAGACGCCCUGUACAAUCAAGAUCACCCACAGGAACCAGAUGCCCAUGCUCAUGGGCCCACCCCCCCGCUCCUCCAAUUUCUUUGGCUUCUUGUGCUGAGGGGGACACCUCAGCCUCCAAGCCAGCCUUGAACCCACCUCCUCGUCUCUGGACUCUAUUUCCUAGGCUCUGUACAUUGCUGCCACAUCCUCCUGCCAGCUCAGGGGGGUG